GCAUUCACUCUGUUCCUUCCUUAUAUUAGUAUUAUUAAGUAAUAUUACGCAUAAUAAGACGUAAACUUUCGUACAGUGAUAUAUACGCAUCUAUGCAGAUAUCUAUGGUCUGAGAACACAUGUAUAUAUUGUUCUCAGUCUAUGGUCAGUACGCUGUAUACAAACGCUAAACAGCCACAUGUGCAGCUUUUGUUUAUCACAGGUAUUUAAUAGGCCCCCUAUUUGGCCUACAGCCUCUCUGUACCUGAGGUCUAGUACCGUCUACUACUAGUACUACUACUAGUACUAGCCUACAAUUGGUACAACUCAAGUUGAAGUAGGCCUACAAUUACAUACAUACUAUACACUGCCAUAUUGAAUCUCGUUAUGUAUUUUGCUGGAAUUGAAGGAGGGGCAACAACAUCCCACAUCGUCAUAACAAAUGAAGGAGGAGAAAUUCUAUCCAGGUCAGAUGGACCAAGCACAAAUCACUGGAUGGUUGGAGUGGAUGAAUGCCAAGCAAGGAUAAUGAAGAUGAUUCAGGAUGCAAAGCAGAAAGCAGGGAUCAAUUUGGAUAUCCCAUUAACAUCAGUGGGAUUGUCACUUAGUGGAGGAGAGAAAGAUAUGGAUGUUAUUAUUGAUAAUCUACAUAAAAAAGACCAACACCUCAGCAAAUCCUAUCACAUUUACAAUGACACUCAGGGUUCCAUCUUCUCUGCAUCUAACAAAGGUGGAAUGGUGAUGAUAGCAGGAACAGGGACCAAUUGCCGAGUGGUUAAUCCAGAUGGCAGCACAUACAAUUGCGGAGGCUGGGGUCAUUUGCUUGGAGAUGAGGCUGGUGCUUACUGGAUCAGCAAUCGUGCUAUCAAGUACGUGUUUGAUGCAGAUGACAACUUAGAACAUCCACCGGCAGAUGUCAGCACUGUGAGAAAGCUCAUGCUUUCGCACUACAAAUUACGUGUACAAAGACAAGACCUACUGGACCAUCUGUAUAGAAAGAUUGACAAACCAAAGCUUGCCUCAUUUUGCAAGGGGAAAUUUUUUGCCAAAGCUGCCACAGAGACAGGUGACAUGCUCAGUCGGCACGUGUUCAGUGAAGCAGGAAUGAUGAUUGCGAAGCAUAUAUGUGCCCUUGAGCCACACAUCAACAAGGUAGGUGGUUUAAGCUAAGUUGACAUUGCUGAAAUAUUUACCUAUGCAAUAUUUAUGCAAGUGGGAGUAAGGGUGGCGUUGGUAUCCAGGAAAAGGCGUUUUGUCACAAUUUUAUAUGCUAAACGUUGUUAUAUUGCUUGGCCAUUAAUGAAUGACAUGGGGAAUAAUGUGCAGAGUAAAAAAAUGAAAUAUGAUGGCAAUGUAUUCAUGCAGUGCAGCAAUAAUGAGAAUUUUUUAAUGAAGUGCACAGAUCAUCCUCACUCAACAUUGCUCUAGGCAAUGUUUCAUUAUUACGUUGCUGUAAUAACGGGAUCCCACGGGAGUUGAAUCAGUUGAUGCUCUUUAGAUAUCCAUUGCUCCAACAACAUUGUUUUAUGUCCUGACUGUUAUGUGGUUGUCACCAAACAUGUAGUUUAUGACCAGCGUAUGUCAUGUUUAGUA